AUUCGUUGCGAUAAACGAACUGAAUUCCAAACUGAAAAAUGGAAUGAAAAAUUGAAAAUGGAGGACCCUACUUUUACUUUAGGCUAAGUCUCAAUUGACUUCCGUGGACACCGUGUUUCUCAAGUUUCGCUUCUUCCGGAGGCCAAGAGAGCUAGAAAUGUCAACUUCUGCAAAUGAAGAUCAGGGGCUGAGGAAAACUGAGAACAUGGAAGAAUCAGAUUCAAUGACAAUCGAAUUUCUACGAGCAAGACUGUUAUCUGAAAGAUCUGUCUCAAAAACAGCAAGGGAAAGAGCUAAUGAGCUGGCCAAUAGGGUGGCAGAACUCGAAGAACAGCUAAAGUUUGUUUCGCUUCAGAGAGAAAAGGCUGAAAAGGCGACAUCAGAUAUUCUUGUGGUUCUGAAAAAACAUGAAAUAGGUGAUGUAUCCGUAGAAUUCGAUUCAUCUUCCGAGCAGGAGGAAAACUCACAGGACUUUGAAGCUCGCAAUGGUCCUUGGACGACAGGAGAAGCUUCAACUAACUUGAAAUCAAGAAAUAACGAGAAGGAGGCGUAUACCAGUUCUGAAAUUGAAUCUUCUCCAUCAACUGGUAGAAGCUUGUCCUGGAAAAGUACUCGAGAUUCUCAGCAUUCCGUUGAAAAGAAGAAACACAUAGAUCCCGUCAGAAGAAGAGCUUGUUUUUCAUCUAACGGUUCGUCAUCAAGGAGGAGUGGAAAAUCAUGUCGUAGGAUAAGGCGCAGAGACACGAGAUCAGUAGAAGAGUUGCAGAAUGAUGGGACUGAGAAGACCACGCACUCCAAAGGCUCAUCAAAUUGCUCUGAUGGCGAGGCCGUUGCAUCACCCGAAACUUCUGGAUACGCUAAUGGGGAAAACCCUCCGGAAAAAACAGUUUCUGGAAAAAGUAAUGGAACCCAAAAAGUUAAUGGCCACCAUUUUGGUGUACCGGAAAAGGACAAAGACAUGGAAAGUGCACUGUUGCAUCAGGCGCAGCUCAUUUGCCGAUACGAAGAGGAGGAGAAGGCCCAAAGAGAAUGGGAAGAGAAGUUCAGAGAGAAUAACAGUGGCACACAGCCUUAUGCAGGGAAAAGCGUCCCUCUCUCAGGGGCUUCUUCAUCCUUCGAUCUUGCAGUCGUGCCUCAGGAAACUUCUAGUUUAGGAUCUGUCCUGGAAGCACUCCAGCGUGCCAAACUAUCACUGAACGAGAAACUCAGUAGCUCGCAUCAGGUAGCAGAACGAAUGUCUGGCAGAGUCAUUCAACCUCCCAACGCCUACAUGAACAUGAUGAAUGGCUUCCAGAUUCCCUUCGCAACCCCUGGCCUCUUCAGAUUGCCAACGGAUUAUCAGUUUGAACCAACUGCUAGAGUCAAUCCUGGCAUUGGUCCACAACCAAUUUUUGCCAAUUUCACCGAACCAUAUGUGGAGCCAAGAAGCGAUGCAUCACGUGACCUAUUCCACACUGCUCCAAGCAGAAGCUUAACUCCAGAGAUAAGGUAUACUGCAGCUCCUCCGCAUAGGUUUCUUAGCCAGCCUCGGCUAGGGGGAGGCGACCCCAGCCCUUCUACCUCAACGAACCAUCUUGAUCCCCGUGUCCCACCACCUCAAGAAUUGUAUCCAUUUUUCCCAUACACCAAUAUUUCUUCAAACAAGGAAGAGAUUUCAAGGACUUCCCUGAACUCCGAGAAGGGGCUACCACCGUUCAUGCGCUUGUCUCCUUACGAUGGACAUCCCGGACCAAGCAUGUACAGGUAG